UCACGUGACCCGCCUGUCUCCCUGGUAUAAAUUCACCUCUGUCUGUUUAGUCAGCCCUUCUCCCUCCCUCUCUCCGCAGAGCCGUGGUAUUACAGUCUGAGCUACCGCCGCAGUAGCUUGGACGUCUCCUCUCAGCCAUGGCAGAUCAGGCUUUUGUGACCCUGGCUACCAAUGACAACUAUGCCCGAGGUGCCAUGGUUCUGGGCAAGUCUCUUCGUAACCACAACACCUCCAAGAAAUUGGUGGUACUUGUUGGCCCACAGGUGUCUGCGCCUUGCCAGUCUGUGCUGAAGAACAUCUUUGACGAGGUUAAGGUGGUGGACGUUUUGGACAGCGGUGACACAGCUCACCUGGCAAUGAUGAAGAGGCCCGAUCUGGGUGUCACGUUUACAAAGCUCCACUGCUGGACCCUCACGCAUUACUCCAAAUGCGUUUUCAUGGACGCAGACACUCUGGCACUGUCCAACAUAGAUGAACUCUUUGAAAGAGAGGAGUUGUCAGCUGCUCCAGAUCCCGGCUGGCCUGACUGCUUCAACUCUGGUGUGUUUGUUUUUCGGCCCUCUGUGGAGACUUAUGGCAAGCUGCUUCAGUAUUGCACAGAUCAUGGCAGCUUUGAUGGAGGAGACCAAGGGAUUUUGAACGGCUUCUUCAGCGACUGGGCGACAGCUGACAUCUCCAAACAUCUCCCUUUCAUUUACAACCUCAGCAGCAUAGCCAUCUACACUUACCUUCCAGCAUUUAAGCAGUAUGGUGGAAAUGCCAAGGUGGUUCACUUUCUGGGGAAGACCAAGCCAUGGAGUUAUACGUUCGACCGCAAAACCAGGCAGAUUUCAGGAGGUGUGCAGGAGCCUGCAACACAGCCCAGCUUCCUCCUGAACUGGUGGACCCUGUUCGCCAGCACUGUCCUGCCAAUGCUGCAGGAACAGUAUGGAGGCGAGCCGUUUCACUCUGGAUGCCUUGAGUCCAAGCACAGUGACUCAACAGUCACUUGUGAGACUGUACAGGAGGAAGGUGGCUCCUCGCAUGCACAGCCUCUCCAACCCAUGCCGAGUUCAGAAGAACGAAAGGAGCAGUGGGAGCAAGGCCAAGCAGACUACAUGGGAAUGGACUCAUUUGAUAACAUACAGAGAAAGCUCGACACCUUCCUCAAAUGAAAAGGGAAUUGGCAGAAAAUAAAAAGCACUUGCAGUCUAACAAUGAUCGCUGUGUCUUUUUAAAUUCUGGUUAUGGGUCACAGUCUUCCCACUUUCUUUCCCUUCACCAGCACUGUCACCAUUGUCCAAAGAACAUGAAAAUCAUUGAGGAAAGUGACAAACUGCUUUAAAUUUCUCUAAGUCGUCUAGUUUACCCUGUUAAACUGUGAAAGAAAAAAAACAACAAAAAAAACAUCAAAAAAAACAUAAGGACAAGUUUACAAUGGCAUGAACUCUUUAAGGUACAGAAACUUUAGAAUACUUAUCAGUGCUGUCUUUGUAAAGCAAAAUGUUAAAUUUCACUUUUUUUUACUCUGCCAUAAACUGGUUGCUUAUGUGAUUAAGUUGGCUUGGUGAAAAGGUUUCAGGAAUGUUUACACACUUAAAGGCGAAUGUGUCAGACAUGUACCACCCUCUGUGCCUUCAGACUUGAGCACCUUGCUAUGGAUUCUUAGCUGCUUUCUUGUAGGUGACUGGGCUGAGCUAUAAUACGAUUUACUAGACCAGCAAAUUGGUUGUGCAACUGUAUUUCAUGUGGAAACAUUAAAACUUAAAAAAAAUAAA